AUUUCAGUAUAAAUAAGGCCGCAGACGGGACAGCUCGGCCUGUCCUGCCGCUGGUGUCGGAGAGCUAAAGGUAUAGAGGUUAAAAGCCUUCAACGAGCUGCGAGCUGCUCCAACAUGCACACACUCUGACCCGCCUCACGGAUGGGACUCUACUCAAACCGGACCUGCGGAGGUAUCCUGCACAUUUCACGGUCUAACGCAGAAAGUCUCUGGCUCAUGAGCGCAGUGAAGAUCCACCGAGGAGAUUGAUGUUUUUGGAGACUUUUUUAAUGGCACUCGGCCCGACCUAGACAGGCUGCUGCUACCUUUAUGGGACGGUGAAGGCGUCUUUGUUUUUUUAUGUUUUCUACUGACAUCCAGACUCCUGCAGCUCCAGCGGAGAGACGGAUUUCCUCAGCGGGUUGUUUUGGUUUCCGAGGGGGGGAAGGCGAAGUGUUUUUGGGGUUUGAUUUUCUCCUGUGGUGUCUGUGUGGAGCGUGCCACACACCCACUCCACAACAACGACGGCUUUUGCUUGCAUCUUCCAGUGUUUCUUCUGUCAGCAAGUCCAGCAGAGCUGCAACUCUUCCAGUGCCAGCCCUGACACCAGCGAGGAGCCCUGCCCCACUGACAUGGUGAAGAUGACCAAGUCAAAGACCUUCCAGGCUUACCUGCCGAGCUGCCAUCGCACCUACAGCUGCAUCCACUGCCGGGCACACCUGGCCAACCACGACGAGCUCAUCUCAAAGUCAUUUCAAGGCAGUCAAGGAAGAGCCUACCUGUUUAAUUCAGUGGUGAAUGUCGGCUGCGGGCCAGCUGAGGAGCGGGUACUCCUCACAGGUUUACAUGCUGUGGCUGAUAUCUACUGUGAAAACUGUAAAACCACCCUGGGCUGGAAAUAUGAACACGCGUUUGAGAGCAGUCAAAAGUACAAAGAGGGAAAGUUCAUCAUCGAGCUGGCUCACAUGAUCAAGGACAACGGAUGGGAGUGACGCUCCUCUUUUCUUUCUCUGACCUUGGAAUGCUCUUUAUUGAACUGCGUGGAGCGACGACCAUUGACCACCCUGCCCCCCCUCCCGAACCCCCUUUACAAAAAAACAACCUCCACGAACCUCCACCCCCUCGCCUCCUCCACGUGCACACACAGCCACCUGCUCAUCGUGAAACUGAACAGAACAAAUGACAUUUAAAAAAAAAUAAAAUAAACCUGACGACGAGGAAGUGGAGCAACUGUUGAAAAAUCACGUCACAGGAGUCGUUACUUUAAAGAUUGUGUGUUCUCCUUCGCAGUGCCGGACCUUUUUGGGUUUGACCCUCCCACCCGCUCACUCUCACCCCCUUCCCCCCCACCGAACCACGCUUACAAGUGAUUGUGGUGAUAAUGGCGACCACUAUGCGAACGGAGAUAGACUUCACUGAGGGGACAUCUUUGUUUUCUUUAUUUCGCCCGCCCAGCGAGACGGAUGAUAAUUAUUUUAAUGUUAUUUGCUCUAGUUUUAACUUCUGGGUUUGGUAAGGUUUUGGUUUGAUGGCAGAUGGAUGUUACUGGUUAGCAUUUUAUUUCCCUGUCAAGUCUGUCAUGUUUUGUUUUAGUUGUUUUUUUAUUUUUUGGCUUGUUGUAUCUCUGCCUUUAGCUGAGCAUGCUUUUCUUUGCUAAUGUCCAAAUGAGCAAUCAGGGACAGGUGAGGAGCGGAGGGGAAAGGGAGUUUAUUGUAGUUACAAAUAUGUAGCAGCAUCUUGCUUUUUAAAAAAAAAAAAUGGCAAAGGAUGGGAUUGCAGUAGUGUGGGAUUUUAUUCCUGAUAUUUUUUUCUGUUUUAAUCUUUUUUUUUUUCUUACGAAUUUUCUUAAUUUCCCCCCUUUUCUGGUACUUUUCAGCACCCAAAAAACAUUGGAAGCAGCACCUAUUUGUUGGAUAUAAAUGGAUAUAUAUACAUAUAUAUAUAUAUAUAUAAAUAUAUAAAUAUAUAGAUAUAUAAAUAUUUGUAGUGUUUGGCUAAGUGCGAUUGUGGCUGGUCCCAUUUUGCAGCAGUACCACAAGUGAAAAAGACAUGAGAAGAAGCAGAAAUACUUUCUAGACUGGGAACCUGACAUCAGUGGCCACAUGUCAUAAAGCAUUAGGGCAGACUGUAUUAUUCCAUUGUCUAGUAAUGAAACAAUAAGAGACACAACUGCAUAUGAAUAUAUAUACACACAUACUAUGAUGACAUAUCCAUAAAUACUAUGAAAAUGUUCGUAGUACGUAGAUAUUGGAACAUGGAUUCUGAAUAUAUAUUUGCUGUCAUGCACAUAUGUAUAUAUGCAUAUGACCGUGUGUGUAUAUGCAUUGUGUGUGUGUGUGUGGUCACGCAUUACACAGUGACAUACUUGAACGAUGCUACUUCGUUUGCACUUUGCAGAGGCCUUUGGUUCAUCUCAGUUUAGAGGCAAAAACUUUGUUCGCUCUCGUCUGUUUUUUGUUUGUUUGUUUGUUUGUUUUUUUCAUUUAAUGGCCUUCUCACAGACAGAUUGUUGGAGACGGAAAGAAAGUUCGACCUGGACAGUUUGAGGGGUUUACGCUGUCUCCGUUAAGACUGUAAAGACGCUUCUGGAUCAUUUGAUUUGAAUUACAUCGACAAAUUCUGCUUUUCCUCUCCGCUUGAGAAAAGUGUAGUUUCCGAUGAUUCUUUGCUGCUAUCGUAGAAAUCCCGUCGUUUCCUUCCCGCUCUUGUAGGUCUUUUGCACUUUAAAUGCUUAUCCGUCUCUCCUUCUUAGAGUGUGUGAUUCUUCUCUUUGUGAUUUGCCUCUAAGCCGUAUGAAUCUUGUGCCUCUUCAAAACAUGAUCAGCCUCCCCUCUUAUUUUCUGUUGUGCAGUGCAUAACUCCGAAAACCUUUGUGUGAACCGAUGUGUCUUCCCCCCCUUCUGGUUCAAAGUGGCCCUCAAAAAAACAACAACACCAAAAUCCUCAUAGAGCUCUUCCCUGUUUUGUUUUGUUUUUGGACAACAGAGACUUGGUAUACAUACACACUUAUAUUUUCUACGUUAAGAUUUAGAGGUGCAAAAACAGAUAUUCAGUAUAUUAUUUCUCAGAGUGAAGCAUAGAGGAGGAGGAUCGGAGUAUGCAGGAUGCCCAGGGCUUGUUGUUUGAUUUUUUAUUGGAAGGAUAAAACAAGAUGGCAGCAGGUUGAGGUGGAGGUUGGGCAGGGCAGGAUGGGAGAGAUUUAAAAGAAAAAAAAAAAUCAGCAGUGAUUGAUUACUUUGCCGGCAAGGUCAGUCAGAUCACACGACCUUUUAUCCUAAAAACGUUGACAAUGCAAACCCUUAAUAGUUAGCAGUGAUACCUACUUGAAAAUAUAAAGACAUAAACAGCUGAGAUAUUGGCCCGUGUUACAGUUUUUGUACAUAAAGUAACAUAUUUAAGGUUUUAUACGUAUUUCUACUGGGUUAGUUCUUUUACUUCCCCAACUUGAAGCACUUUUGUUCACUGUACCUCUGGCUGUGUGCGUCUGUAUGUGUGUGUGUUUGGGUGUGAGUGUGUGCGUGUGUGUGCAUGCAUGUGUAUUAGCCCACAUGCACGCCUGCACACAAAAGUGAAUGUUUAGUUUCUUUUCCUCAGACAGUUUAUUUCUCUUUUUGUUUCUC